UCUCAAUUUUUCUCCUCUCUUCUUCCUCUUUUAAAACCAUAUAUGAAUCAAUAUUUUCAUUACCCUAAAAAUCACCAAUGUAAAAUCUCAUCAAGUUCACUUUCUGCAUCCCUAAAAUCUUCCUCAAUAUUUUUCUUUACAUUUCGUUGAUCAUAUAUAUAUAUAUAUAUUAAAACUUCAUUUUUGGAUUCCCUGACGUUUCAUUCUUAAUGGGAUGAAAUAUAGAUCGUUUCUAGCAACAACAUGAACGCGAAAUACGUUCAAUUAUGUUGCUAGAUCAUAUCAAUCCAAAAAAUUAAACCUUCAGUUUUUAAUUGAUCAUAUAUUACAUUCAUAUAUUUAUAUAUAUCUUUCUAAAUUAUAGAAAGAAUUUUUCUACAAGGAAAAAACAAAAAAAAAUAUGGGAAGAAGUAAGUUGCCAUUGUUGAAGAUAGAGAGUUUGACCAAUAGACAAGUCACAUUUAGCAAGAGAAGAAAUGGAAUCCUCAAAAAAGUUUAUGAAUUAUCAGUUUUAUGUGAUGUAGAUGUCGCUAUCAUCAUGUUCUCUCCUUCCGGUCGUUUUACACAUUAUUCACGUAAAAGAAGAAUUGAAGAUGUUCUUUCUGAGCUCAUCAGUCUCCCAGAUAGUGAAAGAGGAUUCUACAUCAACAAUAAAGAGUCUGUACUUUGGAACCUAAGAAAGAUUGAAAUCGAAGAUAAAUUCUGCGAUAUUGAAAGGAUAAAUCCUGCAUACACCAACACAAAUGAUGCGACAAAGAAAAUUCAAGAUGAAAUCAAUGGCUUGCAUUGUAAACUCGAUGAAGCUGAGGGAUUAUUAAGAAUAUUUGAACCAGAUACACAAAGAAUUACAUCACUCCAUGAGCUUGAUUUGUGUGGAAAACGUCUUCAAAUUGCCUUGAACCAAGUUAGACAAAGAAUGGAGCAACUGUCCGGCAAUCAUACAUCAACUUAUGAAGAUAAUAUGGAGCAAAUCGAUGCACUCCUUCAACAUAUAGACAGCACACAAGUUCAUGAGAAACCCCCUUAUGACUUAUGGCUAGAGCUUGAAGAUCAUAAUUUCCAAAAUAUUCAUGAGAACAACAAUAAUUAUUCUCUCUAUGCUGCCUCAGAGACAUCUUCACUUUCUCAAAGUUCCAUGACCAUUCCAUCCCCAACUAUUUAUGAUGCAAUGUCCCAAACAAGUUUAAGUGGUGAGACUUAUCAUAAAGAAGGGACUUUUAAAUCUCAAAAUAAUGAGAACUUUAAGCAAUCACAACAUUCAACAAGGACCUUACCAAAUGUCACUUUACAAACUUCAUUCAAAUUUGCCAAGCCUGCAAUGUUCCAAACAAGUAUAGAAGGAAGUUUUAGUUGCCUAACUGAUGAAAACUAUAAGCAGUCACUAUUGUCAAACAGGGUCUUCCCAGCUAUCACUCCAUUACAAACUUCAUUCUCAUUUGUCAAGGCUGAAAUGGAAACUCCAACCUCAGCACUACGACCAUUGGCACCAUAUCUACAGACUAAAGCAGCACCAUCUCCUAGUCAACAGCAACUCUCUUCUUACAACAAUAAUCAAGAAGAGAAUCAUGAAACCUCUUGGUUUCAGCCUCAAGGGAAAAAGUCCAAGCAUCAUCAUUCAACUUGAUUAAAUAUUUAAUAUGUAAAUGUACAAAAAUAUAAACAUACAUACAUGUAUGGAGUUACAACAACAACAUAUCUAGCACAAUCUCCCAAAGUGGAGUCUAGAAGGAUAGAGUGUAUGCAGAUCUUACCCCUACCGUGAAGGUAGAAAGGUUGUUUCCAAUAGACCCUCGACUCAAGGAUACAUGCAUAUGAAUUUGUGCCAAAAAAAGAAAGUACAUAUUUAUGAAGUUGGAAAUAUUUUUAAAAAUA